AUGUCCUUACCAUUCCACUUCGCCCAAAAGGACUCGAGGUCCCCCGCGGCAGUGCCGCAACGGAGGAUCAGCUUUGACGACCUUUAUGAUGCUACGGAUGAGUCGACAGACGAUUCAGAUGCAGACGGCUGCCCCUCCUUGUCUAGCCACGGCGAUACCCGGUCCAGCACCGCUUCUUAUACUCUCUCAGCAAACCGAAUGUCGACAGGAACAGAUCGCGAGGGAGGGCGCCGAAACAGAUAUCCUGUUCUAAGGAUCCCGCCGCCGAAUUUUAAUACCAUUCACCACCAACACAAAAAUUCGCCCGUACCACCUACCCCGCCCCCGAAAAUUCCUCUUUCGCCUUUGGUCCUUUCUCGCCUUUCUGGGAUUGUCCCUGCUCUCUAUGCGCCUCCAUCAUUGGCGGGCAGCGCGGCAUCUGAGAGACCAUCAACACUCAGCGCACCGCAAACCCCAGACUUGGCUGCCGUGCCAGAUGUCGAUUGGGACGAACAGCACCUUCGUGUCCAGUCAGACUCUGAGGGAGCAGGGGAUCCCAGGUCAGCAAGUUCUGAUAUGAGCCCUCAAAUCGACAUUCAGCUUGAACAACCCGAGGAUUGGAGCUUGGUGCUGGACAGCUUCCCACAAAUCCCAAACAGUCACCCCGCUGGCCGGGUUCAAGAAAGUGACGAUGAGGGGGAGUAUGAAAGCGAGCCAUCGCUGGAAGGCGUCCAGCUGUCUUCUGCAGCCAUGGAGACACUUCAAUAUAUCCGAGUCCCCGGAGAGGAUAGUAAUACUUCGUCUGCGUCAUCAGUCAACGAUGCAUCGGAAAUGAACCAACUUACCGGAUUUACUGAUGCCCGCCCAAAGAGUAUGAACGACGCUGCCUGUGCUUCUGCGAGUUCUUCAUCCUCUUUCACAAGUCUGAGCAUUCCAUCCCCUGGUGGCUUCUUUUCAUCCCUUGACCGGCAGGCUCGGCGGACUUGGAGUUUGGUCCCUAGCAAUAAUGUCCCGACAUCUGCGAUUGCCGAAAAGUUCUAUGAUCUGCCCUGGAAUGCCCGUGCACAGGGUAACGUCAUUGAACAGGUAGUAGAGUAUAGGAACGGCUACGCCGAUGAUGACGACGACGACGCUACUGAGGGCCCUCCAACUGCUAAGAGGAUAAUUGGUUCUGCACCACAGACUGCACGAAAGGUUCCCGAGGAGCUUUCCGAGUUGAUCCUGAAACUCGACACCGAGGACAGGAAGCCGGUCGACCCCAUCGAGUAUGAUGAAUCUUACGAGGAAGGCUUACAGUCUCGCGCAAUGGAAAGCCUCGAUCGUACCAGUACAUGGCUGGUGGCACAAACUCAAUAUAUGUCCGCCCUGAGCGACACGAACCCCGUCAAUAGCCCGAAGGAUACACCAGUGACUCCCGUCGGCGAUAACACGGCCGCUGAGUCGGACAUUGCGCCCACCACCACCACCAAAACGGUUCGAUUCCUUGAUACUAUCCCCGAGGAAGCCACAGAGAGUCUUUCGGGGCCUUCCACUCCGCUCCCACCGCUUCCAGUUGCAAUGAACUCUAUUUUCUACCGUGGAUUCCAGCAUUUUAUGCGAACGAGAGGCAAACAUAGCAACAUGGAUACCUUUCUCCAUAGCAACUUCCGCUAUGAGGCUCUUCAGGUUUCGCGCAUAACCAUGCGAGAGAAACAUGUAGAUACCCUUGCAGGCAAAUACGAACUCAGCAACCCCGUUCGUCCACCGUAUAAGGGCCCGUUCUCGCAGGCUCCCCGAAACUCAGUCCUGCCUCAGAUUAUUGCGGAUAAAAAGAUGUAUAACGACGUGGAGAAGGAGCAAGACGCUCUAAUCCAGGUCAAGAAUUCGCUCUGGGUUAUCGAUGCAUUCAAGUUUAUCAAUGGUGGCCGCCUCAUCCCUAGUCCUGCUGCUAAGCGCCUUGCAAAGGCAACUCUACCCCUGGGUAGCCCUCGAUGUUCUGGCAAACGCAGAAUUAGAGUCCUCGACUUGGGAGGCCAGUCAUCCUGCGAGUGGUCCUGGUUUAUUGCAAGGGAGUACCCCAACGUCAAAGUCUACACGGUUGUUACCAAGAAACAGUCCGUUGAUAUGGCAAUUCAAGGCCCACCAAACCACCAAUGUGUUUUGGCCCAGAGUCUUUGGAAACUUCCGUUCCCAGACAACCACUUCGACCUCAUCUCUGCCCGGACUCUCCACAUGUUGCUUCAGUCUACUCGCCGCGUGUCAAUCAACGGAGAAAAGGUUGACGAGUUUGAGCUUUGCUUGCAAGAAUGUUUCCGAUGUUUAAAACCAAAAGGGUAUCUGGAAUUUUUCCUCAUGGACUCCGACAUCGUUCGUGCCGGUCCUUAUAAUUCCGCCACCUCCGUAGAGUUUGGAUUCAACUUGAAAACUCGCGGCUAUGAUCCCAAUCCCACCAAAACGUUCCUGUGGAAGCUGAAGAAGUCAAACUUCAGCGCUAUUAAGCGUGCAUGGCUAUUUAUGCCAAUGGGCGCGGCGCCUAGUGACGAUUCUCAGGUUCCUGGCAGCAGGAAUCCCAACAACUAUGGGGGAAUGGGAAGCACCGCCGACGUUGCUAACAUCACGGGCCUUCUGGCAGGAUGGAUGUGGGAGCAAUGGGUGUUGAAGUUGCAGAUGGAGAUGGGUCGUGAUGAGAAGAGGUUGUUGGAGGAGAUGAGUGGCGUGUUUGAAGAGGGCCGCAAGUCCGCCUCUUACUUUUCCACUCCAUCACCAACGAAAACAGUCUUACUGGUGAUCUUCACUUUGCGACAGUCGCCCACGACCACUUACUAUGAGCCGAACUACGCUGACAAUAACCUCACAAGCUUCUUCAAAACCCUUACAAACCGCACCGUGACUAUUGAGCUGAAAAACGAUAUCCGGAUCCGUGGUACUCUGAAAAGCGUGGAUCAAUACUUAAACAUCAAGCUCGACGAUAUUGAAGUUCUCGACCUAAACGAGUACCCACAUCUCUCCAGCGUUAAGAAUGUCUUUAUCCGAGGGAGCGUGGUGAGAUAUAUUGUGCUGCCACAGGCUGAGGUUGAUACCGGCUUACUAGAAGAUGCAACAAGAAGAGAAGCGGCAAACCAGGCGAAUAAAGCGCGGUAA